AUGGCCGGAAGGAAGGGCGGCGAGAGGAAGAAGGCGGUGACGCGGUCCGCCAAGGCCGGGCUCCAGUUCCCCGUCGGCCGCAUCGGGCGCUUCCUCAAGAAGGGCCGCUACGCACAGCGCGUCGGCUCCGGCGCCCCCGUCUACCUCGCCGCCGUCCUCGAGUACCUCGCAGCAGAGGUCCUAGAGCUGGCCGGCAACGCGGCGAAAGACAACAAGAAGAGCCGCAUCGUGCCCCGCCACCUGCUGCUCGCCAUCCGCAACGACGAGGAGCUCGGCAAGCUGCUCGCCGGCGUCACCAUCGCCAACGGCGGGGUGCUGCCCAACAUCCAGUCCGUCCUGCUCCCCAAGAAGACCGCCGAGAAGGCUGCCGCCGCCGCUGAGAAGGAGUCGAAGUCGUCCCCCAAGAAGAAGAAGAAGCCUACCGCCAAGGAGUAG